GGGGGCGCGCGCCUGGCGCCGAGGCGACGCGUUCAUGGAGGGGGUGAAGGCGGAAGCGCGGGAGGGGGCCGCGGUGGCCCGGGACCUGCUGGCUCUAGGGUAUGGGGGUGUCCCGGGGCUGGCGUCGCAGGGCUCCUCAUGCCCAGACUUCAGGGCGCUGUGCGCGCAGCUGGCGGCGGAGCUGGCGACGCUGGGCGCCCUGGAGCAGCAGCGAGAGGCGGGCGCCGAGGUGCUGAGCGCCGGCGACGGCCCCGGCGCGGAGGAGGACUUUCUGCGGCAGCUUGGCCGCCUAUUGCGGGAGCUGCACUGUCCGGAUCGCGCGCUCUGUGGUGGGGAUGGGGCGGCUGAGCUUCGGGAACCCGGCUCCAGCCUGCGCCUGCUGCGCUUUCUCUGCUCAGAGCUCCAAGCCACCCACCUCCUGCGCCUGCGCUCUCUGCUGGAUCCCAGUCCCGGGCCACCCCUUGGUGAAGGGGUGGAGGGAACUGGCAUGGUCCAGGAACUGGCCCUUACCCUCCAAGCCCUGGGACUGCCCAGACCUGCACCAGGGACCCCCGCCAGCCAGCUGCUGCAGGAGUUGCAUGCUAAGAUCUCAGAGCUGCAGCCUUCUCUGCCCCCCGGGUCCCUGCAGCCCCUCCUCAGCUCCUCGCUAGAUGCACCCAGAUGGGAAGCGCUGGAGUCUCUGUCCCAGAGCCUGAGAGAUCAGUACCAGUGCCGCCGCUGUCUCCUCCUCAAGCGCCUUGACCUCACCACAUCUGCUUUCCACUGGAGUGACCGGGCAGAGGCCCAAGGAGCGGCCAUGAGGGCAGUGCUGAUCCCACUUCGAGAGUUUCUCACCCCAGAAUCGGACAUCUCCCUCGCACAUGUCCUGGCUGCCCGAGCCGAUCUGUCUCGUCUCGUCCCAGCCACCAGCGUGGCUGUCCGCAGAGGGACCUGCUGUGCCAUCAACAAGGUGCUUAUGGGCAAUGUUCCAGACCGGGGGGGCCGCCCAAAUGAGCUGGAGGCUCCCAUGCCCACCUGGAGGAGCCGAACAGAGGGUGGAGGCGGACGGAAGACAGGCCCCCAGUGCUGGGGCCGCAAGAAGAAGAAGAAGAAGUAAAGGGGGACUGGUGGGCAGGGGCGGGGGUCCUCCAUGAGAUGCCAAUGCCGUUGGUCAUCUGGGGAGUCAGUUUAAGUCUUUCCUUGGUAUAUGGUCCAUCAUCUCCUAUUCCUGAGGCCCCAAAUGCCCUACUUCCAUGUACCCGUCAAUACCAAGAGCCAUGUUCUCUGGAGAAUAAAUUUAAUUUAUGACAG